CGGAAAGCAGAAGGACCCCAGCCCGUCAGGUCGUUGUUAAACAUAAGUUUAAGAAAAAUAAUAACAGGAAAAUAAUUCAGUAUUGCUAUCAAGGCCGCUAACCUGGUUAAAAUGGCAGCACCCGGUAAACAGUAUGGGCUGAUACUGCCGCGGAAAGGCCCCGCCAAACCCGCUGCUCUGCUGAGGCCCUCUGUGUUUGGCGAUGACUCUGAUGAUGAGACCUCAGUGGGAGCCAGUUUGCAGAGGGAGGCCACGAAGAAGAAGGUGAUGAAGCAGACCCAGCUGGAGAUGCAGAAGGCCCUGGAGCAGGACAGCAGCGUGUACGAGUACGACAGCGUGUACGACGACAUCCAGAAGCAGAGGGAGGAGAGCAGCAAGCAGGCGCUGGGCGGGGAGAACAAGAAGCCCAAGUACAUCGCGCAGCUGAUGCGGGCCGUGGAGGAGAGGAAGAAGGAGCAGGAGCGGCGCGAGGAGAGGAAGAUACAGAAGGAAAGGGAGGCCGAGGGAGAGCAGUACAAGGACAAGGACGCCUUCGUGACCUCGGCCUACAGGCAGAAACUGCUGGAGAGGGAGCAGGAGGCAGAGAGGGAGAAGAUGGAGGCUGCUCUGGAGGCUGCCAUGGAUGUCAAGAAGCAGAAGGACCUGAGUGGGUUUUACAGACACCUUCUGAACCAGACGGUGGGCGAGGAGAGACUGCCUGACCCAACUGCAGCUAGGGAGCUGAAAGUUGAGAGAGUUGCCUCAGUCUCUCAUGACGACAGCGAAUCAGACCACGAUCAGAGGUCCUCCAGUGACACUCGCCAAAAACAGAGCUCGCCCUCCUUGGAAGAGAAGGGGAGAGAGAAGGACAGGCACAGAGAGAAAAGCCAUAAAGACAAAAGCAGAGAGAGGGAGAAGGAGAGGCAGGGGCAAAGGGAGAGGAGAGAUGGAGACAGAGAGGGUGACAGAGAUAGAGGGAGGGAGAGGAGAGAUGCAGAAAGAGAGGGGGAUAGAGAUAGAGGCAGGGGGAGGAGGGAUGCAGAGAGGGGGGAGGACAGAGAUCGAGGGAGGGAGAGGAGGGAUGCAGAGAGAGGAGAGGACAGAGAUCGAGGGAGGGAGAGAAGAGAUGCAGAGAGAGAUGGGGACAGAAACGGAAGGAGGGAGAGAGGCGAUGAGAGAGAAAGGGAUAGGAGAGAUUCAGAUAGGGAGGCUGAGAGAGGGAGGGAGAGAGACAGUGAGAGAGAGAGGGAAAGGAGAAGAGAAAAAGAUGGAGAAAGGCACCAAAGGAAGGAUGGAGAAACCAGUAGAGAGAAGGACAGAGAGAAGGAUCGGGAGAAAGAUAAGAAGGAGGAGGAGGCUACUGAAGACAGUCCUGCCUCAGGGCCCAGCAAGUUUGCCAAGCGUAGCAGUGAGCAAACAGUAAGCUCCGCUAGAGAGCGCUACCUGGCCAGGCAGAUUGCACGCUCUGCAGCGAAGACCUACAUCGAAAAGGAGGAGGACUGACGCGACACCCACAGAAACCUUAGCGUUUGAGCUGUAUUCCUGGAAAAGCUCUGCUGUGUAUGAGAUCCUGCGGGAAACUGGGCGGAAAGACCUUUCGGAAUAUGACUGAGUGAAUUGGAGUAAGAGGGGCGCUCUUAAACUCUGAAUACAGCAAGUUGUGGCGCACAUGGCACCAGCCCACGUGCUCCUGAAUGUGCUGCCAGCAGCUUAGUGUGAGACAAGUUGGAUAAAAUGAUUGGACCCGUCUCAAACAGUCAUUACCAGCUGAAGAGCAAGAGCAAAAAUGACAGCAAAAGUGCUUAAUGAGAUGGCUAAUGAUUCUUUACAGUAUGUCAGUAUUGUCCUGAUUAGAUCAUUUUUCAUUGGCAUAAACACGUAAAAUGUAUUCAUUAAAUGAUAAAAUCGUGCUUAUUUCCAAACAAUGAUUAUAUGAGUACAGCAAGCAGCUGCUAUCACUAAUAUUGCAUCAUUAAGGCACCCAUUGACCUUGUGUCACAACAUGCUGUUUGUGAGGGAGAAAAGCCCCAAUUCACAGGCAAACGCAGAGGUCUAAAGUAACACAGAGUAUUCAGGGCCCUCUCUGCUGUGUGACUACUAUACUGAACCCCACAACAAAUUGUUUUCUCAUCUGUUUUUCAUCGUCAUGUACGUACAUCUAUACAAAUUGUGGUUGUUUGUAGGGGUUAUCUGUGAAUAAAAUGUAUUUUACACUGUUUGAUGUGAAUCGAACAAA